AAACAAUGGAAGACCUUUAUGUGGCAAACACAAUAUUUGCCCUCAAUUUCUUCAAGUAUCUGGCAAAUACAAAUGCCACCCAGAAUCUCUUCUUCUCUCCAUGGAGCAUCUCCUCCACCAUGGCCAUGAUCUACCUGGGUGCCAGGGGCAACACUGCAAACCAGAUGGCUAAGGUGCUUCAGUUUAACAAAGUUGGAGUCCGUGAAGUCCCCCCAGUGACCCCAGAGAAAUUCACCAGCUAUGAAAUCAUGCAGCAGAUCCGGAAGGGCACUUAUCCUGAGGCUAUUUUGCGGGCGCAAGUUGGAGAUACGAUACAUUCGUCCUUCUGUUCUCUCAUCUCUGCAAUCAACACAUCCACAGGGGAGUAUUUAUUGGAAAGUGCCAGUAAGCUGUUCGGAGAGAAGACUGCGAAAUUCAAGGAAGAAUACAUGCGACUAUCUAAGAAAUAUUACUCUACAGAACCCCAGUCAGUCGACUUCCUAGAACAUGCAGAAGAAGCCAGAGAAAAGAUUAAUUCCUGGGUCAAGACUCAAACCAAAGGCAAAAUCCCAAACCUGUUACCAGAAGGUUCCGUAGAUGGGGACACCAGGAUGGUCCUGGUGAAUGCUGUCUACUUCAAAGGAAAGUGGAAGACUCCAUUUGAGAAGAAAUUAAACGAGCUUUAUCCUUUCCGUGUGAACUCGAUUCGGCAUACACCUGUACAGAUGAUGUACUUGCGUGAACAGCUGAACAUUGGAUACAUAGGCGACUUAAAGGCUCAGAUUCUAGAACUUCCAUAUGCUGGAGAUGUCAGUAUGUUCCUGUUGCUUCCAGAUGAGAUUGCUGAUAUGUCUACUGGCUUGGAGUUGCUGGAAGGUGAAAUAACCUAUGACAAACUCAACAAGUGGACCAGCAAAGACACAAUGGCUGAAGAUGAUGUGGAGGUGUAUGUCCCCCAGUUCAAAUUAGAAGAACGUUAUGAACUCAAAUCCAUUCUGAGAAGCAUGGGCAUGGAUGAUGCCUUCAACAAGGGCCAGGCCAAUUUCUCAGGAAUGUCAGAAAGAAAUGACCUGUUUCUGUCUGAAGUGUUCCACCAAGCCACUGUGGAUGUUAACCAGGAAGGCACUGAGGCAGCUGCUGGCACUGGGGCCAUUAUGUCAGGGAGAACUGGCCAUGGAGGCCCACAGUUUGUGGCAGAUCAUCCUUUCCUCUUCUUUAUCAUGCACAAAAUAACCAAGAACAUCCUCUUUUUUGGCAGAUUUGCCUCACCCUAAAAUUGAAAGAUUCUGUUUCUGCACGGGAUUUUGUACUAUGAGCUAUAAGCCUCAGAAUUGCUAUAGUGCCCAAAAUUUAGAGACUUUUUAUAUAUAUAUUUUUGUUUUUCUGAACAUCUAUUACACCUUAAAUAUAAAUACAGAAAUAACUAGACAACUGUCAAUCAUAACAUUAACAACCCUAUUCAUCAUUUGAUUUCCUAAAACGGGAUUAUGUCCCAUUUAGUUUUUCCUUACUCUUAGUUUAUUUUAUAGCAAUAACUUUUGCUGUAUUAUUUAUUAUUUUGUAUAAUUUUUUUAUUAUUGUUCACUAUUUAAUGUAACUGGUAUCAUUACAGAAGCAGAUGAUCAGUUAUUUUUCUUUCUGAGGAAAUGCAUUUAUUUGUUCUUUUAAUGAAGGAUGAAGUCCUUCCAUGUCCUUUUAUAAUAAAAACCUAGAAGAAACUGUUGAACAACAGGCAAAUAUAUACGUGUACUUCUAGCAUUAUGUAUCACAUAAAUGUGUCUAUAACUUAUGUAAAAUUGCAAAAAUAUAAUAAAUAAACAUGUU